GAUAAGCGUUACGAGCGUUCAAAUGGAACGCUCUCAGAAAAUGGACUUUUCAUCCGUUUCACUCAUAUCGGACGGAUGCGCCGCUGAUGCGAACGUCUCGCGGAUAAUUACGCGACCUGGUUUAAAUUUAGGCGAGUCCGUCUCAUCGCGACGAGAAACGGCCGGCCUUCAUGGAACGAAACGAAGAAGCAACGCGGCGCGAGAGAGCGGCUGAGCACCCCUGCGAUAAGCCGACUACUCGUCGACUGUGAAAAGCGCGCGGGAUUCGAAUGGCGAAACGUGAAAUUGAUUCGCGAUUUCUUCACGACGGCGCGAAAACGCGAGCGAAAGAUAAAAUUGUAUAUCGGCCAGUCAAGCUCUCGAGUUCUUCUCCGAUCGCAUCUGUCGUGUUUACGAGGAAAACGAUCGUUACAACGAAAUCGCGUCGAGGACCAUUCGAGUCUCGCGCUCCGGAUCACGUCACGUUUGAACGUUCCUGGCCAAUCGACGACGACAUGGUUACGCGACGCUGCGCGCGCAGGACGUUCUCAUUCAAUCGGUUCAACCCUCGGAUCUCGCUGUACUCCGUAAUUUAUCCGCUUUUCGUCCUGCGAAUGCUUCCCGCAAGCUCGAGACGCUCGAGUUCGAGUAUAUUCGAUUGCCUAUGCUAGAACACUUAAAGAAGCUUUAUUUGCGUUAGCAAGUUUAAGCCGCAAGAUAGUAUUGAUGUGUGGUUUCUUGGAUCGUUGGAAGAAACAAUAAGUACCAUAAAAAUAGACAAGGGCGAAGCAAUUAGGGUGUUGACAAUUAAUUUCUAAUUGAUAUUGACCGACAACUUCGAGAUGACAUCCAAAGUGCUAAUGAAACUACCAACAGUGCCCUUCCCUCAAGGAAAGAAAGCACCACCUGACCUAGUUUCUUUGACUGAGAGAAACGAUGGAUUCGCACAUGUUAGGCAUCAAGGUCUAAAUGUAGAUAGAGUCAUGCAAUUGGAACAGAACAUGAAAUUUUUACAGGAACAACAUCAGGCAACUUUGGUUGCCUUACAUCAAGAAAUAGAAUGUUUACGUCAAAGAAACAGAGAUCUGCAAUUUCAAUUAGUAUUUUCCAAAAGAACACCCUAUGGUGCGGCUAGCAGUCCUUCUUCACCCGAAGAUAAUGGAAAUGGGUUUGCGAAAUCAAAGGGUAGCCCAAUAUGUGUCAAUGUAACACCUCUACAAGUGGAACUUUUGGAGAAAGACUUACAAGACAUUAAGGUGUCAUUGCAAGAGGCAAAAACACAUAACCAGUACUUGUCGAAUAUUAUAGAACAGCAAAAAAAAAGAUUGGAUGUAACAGAAGACCAGAAGAACAAGAUUGAAGUAGCGGACAUUGGAAUUCAAGUCGGAGAUCCCGUACAAGCGAGCUUAGUUGUACUUUUGGAGGAAUCAUACGCGAUGGUGAAACGAUUACACAAGGAAAAUAUGGAUCAAAAAAAGGAAAUAGCUUCGCUACGUGCAGCUUCUUCAGCAAACAACGCUAGUACAAGCAGAGGUGGGCGCUCCCGUGACGGUAAUAGCCAUUACAAUCGUGGUUCGCCCACGAGUACGACACAGGAACAGAACUCUCGUAAAUUUCCACCGUUACCAAUACCAAGCUAUUGGCAUCGUAGAUCACCUAGAUACAGUACGAAUCGGCACGAGAAGCAAGAUCAUCAUGUAGAUACAGACUCGACCGUUUUACCGCAACUCCAGAAUGGCAGCGUGAAAUCAGCGGAAGCGGCUAGUUUCGAAUCACCGUCUUAUCGAUCACGCGAGUAUCGCAAUUACGGUCGCGACGGCAGUAAUCGCAAGUACAGAGGUCAAGCAUCGCGAAGAGACAGCAAUCAUUAUUAUCAUUCUCGCGAUUUCAAAGACAGAAAUUCCAAGGAUCAUCCGAGAGACACGAACGACACUGGGGAGGGAUCGAAAGACGCGGAUCAUUCUCGGAGACAGUAGAUCGCAAAAUACAUGUUACCGAUACAUAAAAAUUGAUGAACUUUAGUACUUUGAAACGCAUUAAGAAUUUCGAUACUAUAUACCAGUUAUAAGACUUAUUGCUAACGAGUGAUCAAUGUUUUCUUCACUGGUGCUGAUCGAUUACGACAGUCUCGUGCAUAUAUAGCAUGUAAUAGGAUAGCGACGACGAAUAAACUGUACGAUUUUCGAUAGAAUACUGUCUGUAUAUGCUAAUUUUACUCUUUAUAGGCUGCCAUAAA